UUCCUGUCUUUUGCUUCUCUGUCUCUUCCCACGUUCUCGUAUUCAUCUUCCGAUCUUUAUGUCUGUUUAAGACAAUCGUUGGUGGAACGCUCCUCCCACCGUACCAAGGCAUGCUCCCAUCUGCCACUAUAUAAUCAAACGCCUCUGGAAUGACACGGCACGACUACACCAGAGUAGGAGAUUAUCACCUAUGGCGUCCUUUCACUAUGACGCCAAUAUCGUAUUACUACCCUUGUACUUGUGUCAGCUGAACUACAGUCCCUAAUAAACAUACCCGGAAACUAUUGGAGCGUUGCAACUUCAACCGUUCCCUCAGGCGAACAAUAAAUUCUGAAGCCAGAAUCGGCGCCUCUCGGCAUACCAAACCAACUAAAGAAGUGAUAUGCGCGGGAAUGGCUUGGAGUUUAUAUUAGCCCCAAGCUAGUCGUUAUCCCUGUGUGUGUGAGAACAGACGGUAAGAUCAUUUCCUUUCCCUUGCUGAAAUCUGACAAUGAAAAGUGAAGCCUCUAGGUCACACCAGCAUAAGCAAAUCUCACCAUCUUUUCCACUUUGGAGAGGAACCCGAAUCUUUGAGAGAUUACAUAGUUCCUUUUCAGUAUCCUCCCCGUCUCGGCCUUCGUCUCCAUCAACUGCCGAAGUGAAUCACAAACAUGACCUGUUCCAGGCCUGCAGAUCUCGACUCCUAUACACAUACGUGACAUCGUGGACAUCGUCGACUAGAAACAGCCGGUUGCGGGCCGUGCUGGCGUUCUGGUUCGAUGUCUCGGCACAAUCUCUCGAGAUUGACGAUCCUAACUGGCCCCUGUUAUGUCAUGGGAUAUCUCAAUACCCGUGUCUCAGACAUUCGAUCACACCCUCUAUUUAUCCACUUUCGCGUUGUUUGAAUUUCUCCGGUCACGAACUUGCGGUUGAUCGUUGAGCUGUCAAAAUUUCUACCCCACAAUAUGUUUCAGCUCUUUCACGUGAGAAUCUGGACCUUGUUGUACUCUGAAAAUGGAACUCCCACGAUCGGGGGCUUUGUUUGAGUGGCUCUGAGGAUGUGAUUGUGUUUGAUAUUGUUCUUGAAAUAUCCAAUUGCCUUUUGUAUUCCACGAAUGUGGCUUUGCUCUCAUCCUGCAACUACAGACGCACACCUAAUGCCACUGAUACUUCUGUAGUGGCUGACAAGACCAGCUGCUCGUAUAGUGUGACUUUACUCCAUCUCUGGAGAAGGCUAUUUCGAAUAGCCUCCUGUCACAAUCCAUGACCUCUCGGCACGGGUAAUGCGUAGUGCGUGCCAAAUGAAUCCACAACAUGUCCCAAUUGACCACUCAGGUCGACCGGCGAGGACAGAAGACGAGCUUUAUGGGUCCCUAGAGACCCUUUUUCGUGUCUCUGAUUGGCUGGAUAAUUUGGACAGGGAUAUCGGUACAAUCCAAUCCUUACUAGGGACGAUCAAUCCUCGCUGCAAAUCUCGACGCUUGAACCAGAACCCACAUGAGCUGGUCUAAACGCCAGAGGACACGGGUUUUAUAAGACCUCACAUUUGUAAGAAGAACGUGGUGGAAUUUAUACAGAUUUGUUGUGAUUUUGGAUUGUUGCUCAAGAUGAUAAGCUGCAGCUGCGAGCAAGGAUUAUCUCAAGGAUGUCUCAGACAACGGCCAGGGACUGGUAGACGUCGACGCCCCUGCAUCCCCCUUCAGACCAGGUUUCGAGGGCAACGAGUGGGUGAUUCCAGGGCACGUCCCCUCAGGGAGGCUACAAUCUUGCCUCCUGCGUUGUCACUUCACCACCUCUGCCGAGCUGUUGUGUGACCCGAGUUUGUGCUUCACAAGCCAGCGGUAUCCCCAAGAUCGGGCAUAUCGGUAAAGAACGUGCAUGCACUCGACAGCUUUGCCUGCACGGGACCUUGCGCUUCAUGGGUCUUGGGACCCAGGUGCCAGAAUGGAGCUUUUUACUCAUCCAGCUGAUGAGAUCCACAGAACUCACAAGCGGCAGAAUACGGGCACGGGCGCUGGGCCGAAACCAAAACGUCACUGCUUGAGCUUGAACCAACAGCGAUUUGAUAGUGAUAUUGAAGGUCGUGUGUCGGGAGCAGUGUCCAAGCCUGGACGUGCUAACCGGCAGGAUCCAAGCUCUUCGUCGUCCAGCGUAUCGCCAGACUUUGCUCAGCAACCUGGACACCCCAGGUCAGACAAUGCUACUUCUAGUGGCACUUCCACAGGGGGCGUGUAUCCUGGUGGGAGUGUCGGUGCUGUGAAUGUUCAGGGCUUGGGGAGUCCUCCUCAGGAUCUUCCAUCACCCGAAUGUUCUCUCUCAGCAUCAUCUGAACAAGCAAAUCCACGCCAUGGAAGUCAUGCUACCCCUCUGCAUCCGACAAUCUCAUCCGGACACGGAUUAAGCCCCGAGAGUUCAGCUUCAGACUCUGAUUGCAGUUCCGGUCCCAGCUCUAGCGAGUCUUCGGGUCCUGCUUCUGGACAACCUUCGAGUCAGACACUCCGAAGCCAGCCCCCACCAGAAGUAUCUUUUCUAAACAAAGGUACAUGUUCUGAUACUUGUUCAAAUGAAGAAGCUUCUCGUUCAGUCAAUGGCAGCCAGUUAAUCUCUCCACUUGGUGACGAUGCGGGUCACCUACGAACGGACAGGACAGAGCUAGAGCUAGACUUCCCUUUGAGGGGGGGUGCGGAAGAUGUACCUGGCUCUUCAGCCUCUACGGAUACGCUGGGAGACUCCCCGAGUCAAGAAGUCCAAGCUCAGACUGACCUUGGUCGGAACUCUGAUGAUGACGACGACUCAGAUCACUCAGACACCCUUGACCAGUUAGAGAGUGAUUUCAAUGAUUUGCUGUCUCUCGACCCUGGAAGGCCCAUCAAUGGUUCGCUCUCAAGAGACGAGGCCAUUGCUAGCAGACUUCAGGAUGAGAAUUCUGACCUUGAGGUCUGGGAGGCUGCUGAAGACGUCCCUGCACCAGAUACAGGUCAUGAUAACGUUAGCCGCCCAGGAACCCCUCCGACUGGCAUCCGACGCGCCCUCGCUACUGCGCACUCCCCAGAACCAAAGCGUCCCUCUGAAACAAGUGAUGAAGACGAUACUGAAAGUGUUGAUGACACAUGUAGCGGUUUCAGUGGGAGCAACGGAGUAGAUGAUGAUGAACGGAUUGUCCAACUAGAAGAUCGGGAAGAAGGUAAUGAAGAGUCCGAUGUAGACAAUGAUCUUCUUGGACAAUUAGACGAGAUUGUAGCCGAUCACUCAGGCUCGGACUGCUUCGAGACACAUGCUCGUCCCCUGGGCAUGCGACCCUCUUCGGACAGCAAUGAUUCUGAUGAAGAGGCCAGACCCCAGAAUGAGUCAUCCGACGACGACGAGGUAUCGGAAGAAGAGAUUGGGUAUAUCUCGGACGCUCGCGACACUAAUGUUGAAAUCAAAGACGAAACAGGGUCGGCUAGCUUGAAUAUUCCAUCAUCUUCGACAAACAGCAUCGUUUUCCCAAAUGAAACAACCAGCUCUGGAAAGCUUCCCCUCGCACUCGACAAACUCGAGGAACGUGAGGUUGUACGGAUCACACGAGAGCUCAGCGCUUGUGUUCGUUGCCGGUUCCAAAAAAUCAAAUGCAUCAUAGACGAGCAGAACCCAGAAGGACAAUGCAAAACGUGCAAGAACUUCUCCAAGACGUCGCCAAAGACAAUCCAUCGCGUUCCAUGCUUGCGACUCCGAAUUGCCGACGUCGUUCUUUAUCGAAGCGGCGGGCUCAAACUCACGAGACGAUGGACGGGCAUCGAAAUGCGAGAUAUUGGGGAUCGACUCGAUACGGUUGCUGUUACGAUUGAGGUAUCACAGAACCUUUGUAGCAAACCUCUUCGAAUGAACGUUGUGCGAUUCAAACCCAUCGAUGGGGACGUGACUGCCCGAUAUUGGACUGAUAGCCUUCUCGGGAAGGAGACGUUGAAGAAGAAGGAACUAGCCAACUACUGCCUUGAAAAUAUCUACGAAACGGCCGAAAGCGUGCGACAAUACACAAUCGACAAUGCUCUUCCAGCCUUUUACCACACCAUCCAAGAGGAGAGUGAAUCAGAAGCUGGAGAAGUGCCCAUCAUCAGAACGUACCUUACGGCCAUGGCUCGGUACCUGGACCUUCACGUACGUCAAUUGAGUCCCGACACGAGCCUUACACUGAACCCCUCGCAGAAUGAACAUAAAUCCAGCGGGAGCCUCUCUAGAGACGAUGCAAAAGAGCUUGAGAUAUUCGGCAAUCUUUUUAUUCUCUGGUGCGCCAUCCGUAAGCGCUCCCCUUCACCCCAGCUCCAAUUGCAUCCCACUCUAAUCCCGCCCAGAACACACUGUAGGGUCUCUCUACAUCGAAGGCAACGAAACACUAGGCAUGCUCCCCGAAACCGAAGACAAAUCCUACCCUCUCUACGGCAAAGUGUCUGUCCCUCGCAUGGUAGUCGCCCAAUUCGACACCCUCAAUUACAACGAGGUCCUCGAGCGGUACAAGGAGAAGCUCCUACGCGACAUCGAUUGGCUGUUCAGCCAGGACAAGAAUCGAUGGUGGUUCACAAUCUAUCUCGUCGUCUUCAUACUCAUGCGCGAGGCGAGUCGCAUGACAGCAGAUCGGUACCGGCAUGCCAGAGCCAAUUAUGGAUCAAGUUUACGAUACUCGAUUCCAGACUUUGUUGAAGGGCUUCAUGCCAGCUGCAAUAAUAUACUCAUCCACUGGCAUUACUACAACUAUGAUCAGUGGCCUACUACUCGGUCGUCGGGGCUCACCAAUGGCGCAGGGAAAGGUGAACACUUUGAGACUCUGGCACCCAAGGAUCGGCACCUUGUGAAACAGAAUCUCAAGGACCCAGCGGUAAAGAAACACCUUCUAGUAUGGGAGCAAUACAAGAGGGAUAAUGGAAAAGUUCCAAAGAUUACUCUCCAACACGACGCCGGUUCCAUUCGCUACACGGGAGAACAGAACAAGUACGACUGGGAUCAUCCUUUGUAUUGGGUAUCACAAAUGUUUGAGAGGAAAUGGUGCCCACAUCCGACGUAUACGAGAGAACCAGAACCUCAAUCAACGUUUAUGUCUAUCACGGCGGCUGUCGCCGCAGCCGGCUAAGCAUGAAGCGAACCGAACACUCGACGAGAACAUACGAUACGAGGCUUGAGUCAACCAAAUAACGACCGAUACGAAUCUUUUGCUACAUGAAUUUUAGUAUUACCAGCAGUCGAAGAGCUUCCAGCGGUGGAAGAGUUGGGAAAACGGUACAACGCCAAGGGUCGAUAGACACAUGAGGGCUCGAAUAAACAUACACUUCUACACGGAGACCACAAUAGGGUAUUCUAAGCAGCUUUUAUUCUAUGCAAGCGAUACGCUGAUCUAUGCCUAGAUCCAAUCGGAAACCCGCUGACUCUAAGUCUCUCCUCUGUUUCCUGUAGUUAUCGCUGCUUCUCGCUGUGCUUCCUGAUGUCCCCAUGGUCCAAACAAACUCAAAACAAAAGUCUGGUGCCAUCUAUGUGUGGUCAAGAUCUCAUAAAUCUGUGCCGGUGUCUUGUGAUGUCCUAUUCUCUCCCCGAAUCAACCAAAAGAUUCCCACCAUCUUUCACCAAGACAUUUUUUCUGAUGCGUGAGACUGAAUUAGGCUUCUUUUCUUUGGGAUAGGAGGCAUUCCCCAGUUGUCCUCCAGGUCAUCCCAGCCCUCGUCGACAUGGGUCGCGUAGCGCAGAGAACUUCCGAGGCCUUUGGUUCGGAGUCGAAGCGGUGAGUUGGCAGGAUAGGUGUAUAUGACCUCCUUUCUCUGGUCCUUGGCAUGAUCGAUCUCCAACAUAUUGGCAGUCAGGAAAUCGCAGAAGCGAGCGGCAUCGUCGAUGCGAAGCUUCAGCUCCAGGAGAUGUUCAGCGGUGACACAAGGGUAAAGUCCCAAGUUAAUUAGAUUAUACCGCUUGACGGCCGCCUCGUGCGUAUCCUGAUCUCUGAGUCGUUGGCGGAGGGGUCUGGGGGCACUAGUGUUAUAGAACACACACCAGACCGCAAAGGCUUUGUCGAAGAACUUUUUAUACUGGUCGGCCCAAGUCGGAGGGGUGUCAAAAAGCGUGCUGGGCCGUCUAUACACAGGGACGUGGAUGUCGUUGGGCUCGAAGGGUUGGUCGUCCACCUCCCCGACAGAGUUGGCGUCUGCCUCCCCGUCUUGCUGAGUCACUGUAGCCUCGCCAGCCUGGCUAGAGCUGUUGGCGUUGUUGGGAGAGCUGGCCACUCCGUUGUAGUAGGGAGAACCAGGGGUAUUCGUCAGCCAUUCUGAUUCUGGGCUGUUGCCCCCUGGGUUGCCAUCCGUACCAGUGCCCUCUGAAUUGGUGCCCUCCGGGUUGCCCUCGAUGUCUGUGCCUUCAGUACUGACAGUUGACCGGGAGUCAACAUCCAUGGCUUGACCCAAGGACUGACUACUCCCUUCUUCGCUGCUUCCGGGAUCAUUUGUAAGAAACUGGUUGGUAGUUCCCGAACUCUCCGCUGCCGUGGUGUCAACGGGAAAAUCCUGAGCAGGAGCGGAGGCGCCAGACAAAGCGGCAGCCAGGACCUUCAUGUGAUGAUUGAAGUUCUCAUCCACGGCGGUCUCAGCAUCGGAUAGGUUGGUGUUUCCGGCGUUCUCUUCAGAUCCAGUGUCGCCUUGCGAGUCAGCGGCGUCUUCCUCCUCCACGGCUGCAGCGCUUGCUGCAGCCUGCGCCUCCCACGGGUCCUCGCCAUCAUUCUCUUCCUCCUGGUCAGACUCGUGCUCAGUGGUGGCUUCAAUAUCACCGUCCGAGCCAUGCUCCCAUGAGUCAGAGCCAGCUUCAUCACCAUCAGUGUCCUACUCCGAUGAGAUGUUGCGGAGACUCUCGGCCUCUUCAGGGGUCAUCGGAGGCAAAUGGACGAAAGAAGCAUACAGGCAUACAGCCUCGGACGAAGCAAACACAAUAGCGCGAUCUCGGAGAGUGACAAGAGAGUCAAGCUGCUUGUAUCCAUCCCUGACUGCCUUCUUGCGCACAGUCUCUGGCAUCUUGGCCGUAUGGUGAAAUCUCAAACCCCACAGCGACAUGAUGGAAGCCAGACCACAGGUUGGUUUGAGUGUGUCUAGAGCAAGGUUAAACACUUCUCGUCGAGCAAGAAGAGAGCACACACACCUGAUGAACUGCAGAAGCGGCGGCGACGAGGGAGUCGCAACUCAGAUCUUGAAAAAGCAAUACGUUCAAAAAUAUAGAGAACAAAACUAUGCUCUAGCUGAUGUUUUUUGGUGUUAUUUUUUGGGGUUUUUUUGAAGAGAUAGGAAAAAGCGAAGUGGAGGUGGGAUGUGGGAUGUGAGGAGAGGGUUUAUGUGGGAGUGAGGUUGCAAACGAGAUGCAAGAUGGAGAUUACGUUUACAGCCCUACGGAGCAACAAAGAGGCAGAAGCACUGGUUCGCAAGCUAUCGAUAGGGCACAGAUGUCUACACGGCUGGAAGUGGUCACGGGAGCCAGCAAACACUUAUUAGAAGUAAGUGGCUGGGCAUCAAGGAAAGAGUAGAUGAGUUCCUGAAUGUGAUCCCACGCCUAUGACAAACGGCAAACCAGAAUGUAAAACGGCAUCACGAACGAAGAGGAGAACUUCUAUUGCCUACGGAGCAUGUUCUUUGGGGUUAUAGAGGCACAAUGGCACGCUUGGGGGGGUUGGUGCUGCUGGAGGAGGAACAUGGCAGUGCCGUAGCGGGAGUGGGAGCAAUGGCCUGGAGCAGCCAUUUCGUCUUUUUCACCUCAACAUUCACUAAAUCUUUUCAAUUUCUAGAAAAACAGUGAAAGGGACAUGAUGCCACAUGCAUAAUGUCAUAUUAAUCUUAGCAAUCGUAGUAUGUGGCGCUGAUGUCUUGGUCGAAAAGGAGGAGUGCAUGACCUCGUUGCUGUUCUGCCAGUGGAGAAGAAACUGCAGCAAAAGCAACUAGAAUCUGCACUGCAAAGAGCCUAAGGACUGCAUAUCAACUGUACAAUGUCCAUUAAUCUUUGUUGUUCACACGUCCAACUGCAUUACUGUUCAAGCCAC